AGGGGGAGAAGAAUAUUGCACGGAAGAAGCCGAGGAGGAUUAACGGGCAGCCUUCUGUUAACGGCGGCAGCGAUAUCCACCCCGCACGCGGGUCGGGACCGGCAACUACGGCAAAUCCAACGGAGCCGAGCUCAACAAUACCUCCACCAGAUGAUCAUCUAAACGAAACCCAGGCAUCCGGGACGUCGGUCAAGAAGAGGCGAUUAAUCCCCCGUUCCGAUAUCCAUCUUCGGAAAUCAUGUCUGGACGAGAGUCUACUCAGUAACCGGAGCGGGCUCCUCCCGGGCGCCAAAUUACUGACGAUCGGUCUACCGAACUACAUGGGAGAAUCUCGGUCGCGACUGUCGGCGCCUUUCCCACCCCGGCCUACAGCGUCGACGCAGGAAGCGCGACGAUCGAGUGACAUACCUUCGUCCUUUCCGCCGUUGGAGGACAUUUCAUUGGAUUCUGAUUCGGAAGACGAGGACGUGCUUCCUAAUCUGAAGGCAAUCAUAGCUUCCUCGAUCAACAAGGCGCGGAGGGCGGAGACAGCUUCGUCGAGUCCGACGCUUCCGCCCGCAAAACCACCAUCUCUACCGCGAAGGCCACGGACGGGUCCCCAUGCGUUGUCACAAGCACGACAAACAUCACAGGUACCACGGCCAUCAAAAGUGUCGCAACAGCCAGUAGCAUCAGCUUCCACUGCACCACCGCCUUCUCGCGCGAAUCCCACAACACCCACCAAACGAUCGUCAUUAGGGAAGAUCACGCCGACGACCACACGGACCAGCCAGAAACUGAUCGAUGAAUACUUCAGCCCACCUGGUAAUGCGAUCGGAGGUGUAUCAUCACAGAUCAACUCUUCGCAGCGUAGAUCCUCAUCAUUCCCGGGCUCCGGACGCCGACUCAAGGGAUAUAAGCAUUCCAUUGAGUACCUCGAUAUGUGCGAGGACAACGGCAACAAUGAUGCAGACAACGCUCGUACUAGUGCGACGAUACCCAUGCCGCCUGUGCCGAAAUUCCAUCUCGCGGAGAGCUUCCCGAUUCGCCGACGGUUCGUGGGUAUUACCGAACACAAUAAAAGAACCAGAGCGCUUCGCAGUGACAAGCUCUACGACGUCUGCGCCAGUCAAUUUGUCAGCCCCGUUACGACAGUGGGCGGCACGCACACCCCGACGGUGAUAGCUGUAGCGGGAUGUGGGAAGCUCAGCGUUUGGUCCUCGUCCGCCAAAAUGGGUGACGGGAAGCUCCUCCGCCUCAUCGGCUGGGACCUGUCCGAGAACACACCCCUGUCCGAUAUACCACUCAAGGAGCUCUGGGAAGGCAGGGACCCGCCCGAUGUUCUCUGCUGCGAGUUUCUGUUUGACCGCACGACCAACACAACUUACCUCGCAGCCGGUGGCUGGAGCGGGUUCCUGAUAGUCGCCUGCGUCUCCGAUGGAACGUAUAGACAUGUCGCGGGCCCAGGGGCAGAUGUACAUCAUAUUCACGUGCAUCCGACCAACCCCAUCUUUUUCGCUGUUGCAUCAGAUGAUUAUACAACGAGGAUAUAUAACGGGAAAACGGGCCAUUUGGUCGCGAUUUUUUUGUGUGCGACGGAGUAUCAGCGUAGCGGCGUGCUCAGCGUGGCGUGGAGCCCGGAUGGGAAACGGUUAGUGACGGGCGAAUCAGACGGGACGGUGCGUUUAUGGGACGCGGACACGGAGGCGAUCAGGAAUGCGAUGGAGUACUCCUUCACGGGGCAACCGGCCUCAAUCGAAUUGGAAACAGAGGAGCGGAUCCCUCCCGUGGCUAGGGAGUACGUCCCGCUCGUCAGUACCCCUUGGGUAUUUCAUGACCAUAUCGACUGGCUGAAGUUCUGGGUUGAUGGGCGGACAGUGUUUGCGAAAUCGGUGCAAGGAUGCGUCAAGGCCUUUCAGUUCGAGUUGGAUCAUUUACCGCCGAGGGAACCGACUGUCAUACCCGCGCCACCACCAUCCGCCGCCGACGCAGAAUUAUCACCGAUACCCCCGCCACAACCGAAACACUCAAUCCCCCCUUACAUCUACGCCCACUUCAGCGCCGAGCUCCUGUACCUCUUCCUCCUCCCCUACGAAACACCAGGCGACCACAUGCUCUGGUUCGUUCGCGCCGACAUCUCCCCAUCGGGCCGGUACCUCGCCGUCGGCAACCACAAAGGCGAAGUUUUCAUCUGGGACGUGGUCAAAGUCAUGGACCACUACGCGAACGCGUACAACGGCGGGCUGGCGAGUCUUUCCAAAAGCAAGAAGAAGAAGCGGAAGAGUGUCACGAGCAUGAUCCAUACCACCAAUGGUGAUGGUGGUGGGGGAAGCAAUGAACAGCCGACGUUCGAGGACUUGUGGCUGGACGAGAAUGUGCAGGAAUGGGCGGCGCCGUCGUUGAAGUUCCGCGUUCAGACGGCUGCGGCGGCCUCGUGCAAGGCGCAGAUUCGGUCGUUGUGUUUUGUGGGGGAUGAGGAGCUGGUGGGCGUUAGUGAUGAUGCGAGGGUUUGGAGGUGGUGUGUGAGGAAUACCUGAGGGUAACGCGUAGUAGAGUUCCCGAGGGGACGAUACCGUAGCGGCGUAGGGAUGUACAUAGGGGCAGAAAACGCGUCGGAAUACAACCAGCAAGACGUAUCUAUUGAUACGGUAUUGCACUUCAGUCCGUCAGCGCCAAGUCGUAUAGGCAAAAUGGAACCAACCGUGUUGUGUAAUCGAGGAUUGCCCUACGGUCCGCUCGGAAUCUGGAUGGAUAGUGAUGAUGCGAGGGUUUGUAGGUGGUGUGUGAGGGAUACGUAGAGGGUAACGCGUAGUACUGUACAAUUCCCGCGCACAACCUUUUAUUGCAGACUUAUUGCAGACUUAAUACAACAAUCAGCAGCGAG